AUGUCUCUUGUCUUUCCAGUUGCUAACGAGGGAUCGGAAAAAAACACCCGCCAUCCACUGGCUCGCUUUGCACGCUCAUGGUCCCAGAAUGCACUCUGCACUGCUGUCAAAGCCGGCUCCACUGAACCCAAAGGAAUCGGGAUCGACCCGCGCAGCUCUGAGGAGAUCCUGGCCGACGAGCUGCCUGUCCCUGACUCUGCCGACGCCAUGGAGAGGACUGCUAUCAGGUUGAGAUGUCUUGUGAAGCAGCUGGAGAGGGGCGAGGCUUCUGUGCCCGACCUGAAGAAGAACCUGGAGAACGCUGCCUCAGUCCUAGAAUCGCUUUACAUUGAAGAAACAAGGCGGAUGGUGGACCGGGAGGACGAGCUGAGUGACAUCCAGUCGGACACGGUGCCUUCAGAGGUCCGGGACUGGCUGGCCUCCACCUUCACCCGGCAGAGAGGCCUGAUGCUGCGCCGCAACGAAGACAAGCCGCGCUUCAGAAGCAUCGUCCACGCAGUGCAGGCCGGCAUCUUUGUGGAGAGGAUGUACCGACGAACCUCCAACUUGGCUGGUCUUAGUUAUCCCUCAAACGUCAUCAGUGUGAUCAAGCACGUGGACAUGUGGUCCUUCGAUGUGUUUGCGCUGAACGAGGCGAGUGGAGACCACGCUCUGAAGUUCGUCUUCUACGAGCUGCUCACCAGAUACGACCUGAUCAAUCGUUUCAAGGUCCCUAUUUCAGCCCUCAUGUCGUUCGUGGACUCGUUGGAGAUGGGCUACAGCAAAUACAAGAAUCCUUACCACAACCUGAUGCAUGCAGCUGAUGUAACACAGACCAUCCACUACCUGCUGCUCAAGACUGGCAUGGUGCACUGGUUAACUGAGUUGGAGAUCUUCGCCAUCAUUUUUGCAGCAGCCAUCCAUGACUUUGAACACACAGGGACCACCAAUAACUUCCAUAUUCAGACCAGGUCGGACACAGCCAUGUUGUACAAUGACCGAGCUGUCCUGGAGAACUACCACGUCAGCGCCGCCUAUCGACUCCUGCAGUCCGGAGACGAUAUGAACAUCUUCACUAACCUUUCCAAAGACGACUGGAGAGAGCUGCGGACGCUGGUAGUGGAGAUGGUUUUGGCCACAGACAUGUCCUGCCACUUCCAGCAGAUCAAAGCCAUGAAGAGCUUCCUGCAGCAGCCGGAGACGUGA